UAUAUUUUGACAUUAACACAAAUCUAACUUCACCCGUAGAACUUUUUAGUGGCAAUUUUGCUUGAAGCAACUUCGAAACAAACUGUUGUUGAAAUACAUGCAUUAUGCAUACGGAUCUCUCAGCACAUUUGCAUACUGAGAGAUGCAACCGAAUCAUUGAGAUGCUCAGAAAGUGUCACGCUGACUACCCUUUUAGAAAGUUUUUCGGUGAAUGCAACAGUGUGGAUAGUCUUAUGAACGCGUGCUUGAAGCAAGAAAGACUGGCUAGAAGGGAUAAGAACAUGGAAAAAUCGAAAGAGAUGAAAAGAAAGUUGCGAGAGAUGAUUUUAGAUGAAUUGGAGGAAGAAAGUUAAUAAUGUCAGGAAGUAAUGUUAUCUUUUUCAAUAAUGUAGUCGAAAUUGUGCUUAAAAGUAUUAAUGACACCAAUUUAUGUAUGUAUUUUGUUAUAUUAUUAAGUAUUGUAAUAUAACUUGCUAGAAUAUUUAGGAAUUUUGUUAUAAAUUAUGUUAUUUUUAAGCGUUAUUUAUAUUAUAUAACUUCAAUUAUCGGAAA